UGAAAUUUAACAGCUCAGCUGUAGAGUGUCCGUGUGUGUCAGUAAACUCCGAGUCUGACCGUUAAACCCGGCGCGGCUCUCACGGACAGGACCGCGGCUUUAGGAUCGGAGGACUGGGUCUCGGCGCUGGUGCGCCUUUUUCAAGGAACGCAUCCACGGUGCACCGCUUAACUGAUUUCAGAGGAAAUGACCGAGUGAAGUGAGUGUGUGUGUUUCGCUGCCAUGGCAGAGCUGCCGUCCGGACUGCUUGAGGCAUGUGUGGUGGUAGGAGCCCCCACUGAUAAGCUUCGAGAUCUAUACCAGCUUCACCAACAGAACAAGCUAAAGGAGGCCUUGUCACUGGAAGCCGAGGUCCUGCAGGUUCAUGCCCCGCCCUUUGUUUCCAAGGAAGCUAACUCCAGCCAGCCGAUUGGUCCGGCUUUCAGCAGGGUCCAGAGAAGGCGGAGCUUCAUCAAGAAGAAGAGACGAGAUCGAGACCGUCCUGCAGAGGGUUUAUCUAAUGGGGAAGCGGCCAGUCGCAGUGAAACGUCUUCAGCGACAGAAGACAUCAGUGUCCCAAAGGAUCUGGACCUCAUAGCUCUACCACAGCUUUGUUUCCCAGGUGGUCUUCAGUUGUCUACUGAGCAGAGAGAAGACAGUUACCAUUUUUUGGUGUUUACCGAUCUGUUUGGCAACCGAACUCAUGGAGUUGUUGCACAGCACUACAGAGCGGUCCAGUCCUGUCAGGAAGGUGUUGUCCAAAAUGGCCACAGGUGGAAUUCAGCCAAGACCCGUCUCUUCACGCCGUUUGCCGUGUGCAUCAUCUCUAAGUUUCCCUACUACAACGCCCUGAAGGACUGCUUGUCAUGUCUCCUGGUCCAGCUACGUCCGGCCAGACAAGCUGACUUUGAGGAGACCAUCCGGGAGUUUUCUGCCCGGCUGUCCCUGGUGCCCCUACCGCCACCCGGCCAGCUUCAUGUGUCCUUCAAUCUGCGUCCGCUCCAAGUGGUGCUUCCGUCCCGGGAGGAUCAGGACAGUCCUGUCAUAGACAUCGACCUGCACCUGCCGUUCCUCUGCUUCUCACACACAGUCCUGCUCCAGUUACUGGCCUGCCUCCUCCAAGAACAGAGGCUGGUCUUCUUCUCCUCCGACUGGGCCAGGCUCACGCUAGUUGCAGAGAGUUUGCUCCUGUACCUGCAGCCUCUGUCCUGGCAGCAGCCCUACGUCCCGGUCCUGGCCAGAGGAAUGCUGGACUUCCUCAUGGCUCCGACUGCCUUCCUGAUGGGCUGUCACAUCAGUCAUUUCGAAGAGGUUGCGGCGGAGACCGAGGACCUGAUCCUUGUGAACGUUGAUGAGGGCAUCAUUCACUCGUCAUGUUCUGAAACCAUUGACUUGCCUGCGAUCCCUCUGGCUGCUGCAGACAGCUUUGUGUCGAGGGCUGAGUGUCUUCAGCUUCACUAUGACUUGGAGCUGUGCCACCUCGGGGCCGGUACCGACGCGAACGCCCUGCGAUCUCAGCGCAGAGACUGGCAGAGACGACUCAACUCACAGAUACAGAACAUCGCCCUGGAGCUGGUGGUCAACAUCUUCAGAAACGUCCCGGACUUCUUAAACCACGAACACAGAGUUUUCAACAGCGAGGAGUUUCUGAGAACAAGAGAUCCUGCUGACCAGUUGUUUUACAAGAAGGUAUUAGAAACCCAUAUCUUCCACUCGUUCUUGCGGGACAGGCUGAGCAGGAAACGGGACACCUUCAGUCGCAUGGAGCAGAGCAUGCGUGGUCACGGGAACAGCAGGAAUCGUGCGGUGACCGAGACUCCGAGGCGGGCUCUCAUGUCCGACUUGUCCAAGACGGGCUACAGCAGCUACACCAGCCCCGAGAGCCGGCUGAGCAAGAGGCUGGGCGCCAGUCUGCCCAAUCUGGAGCAGCCCACCACCGACGCUGCGUCUGCCAUCACUCCCACCCGGCCCAACUCCCUCAGGAAGAUGACUCCUGAUAUCGGGUUGAAAUCUCCAAAGAAGGCAGUGAAGAUCUUUCGUCUCCCGGAGUUCCCCCCUCCGCUGGCUUAUCACUACGUCCAGAACUACUAUUCUGACAUGGUUGGUUCACUGGGGAAGGCUAUCAGUGCGACACCACCGGAGGAAUCUUCUUUACUGGCCAGGUAUCAUUACCUGCGGGGCUUGGUAAACACCGUUUCCAACAGGCGUCUCGAUGCAUUGGAGGACUUCCAGAGUUUAUACAAAACCGACGCCGACAUCUUCCCUUCCCAGAUGGUGAAGUCCUUGGUCGACUCUCUGCCAGACGGCGAACGCUCGCAGGCGGACAGACGGCCGGAGCUCAAGCGGCUCAUCAGCCGGGUGAAGAGGGACCAGGAGCGGGAGCGUGCGUGCAACGGCAGCGGGCAGGAGGAGGGCGGCGUGAAGCGCUUCCAGCUGCCCAAGAAGUACAUGCAGCUGGAGGAGUUCGUGAAAUGUGUCCAGGAGUCCGGCAUUGUAAAAGACCAAGGAACCAUUCACAGACUGUUUGACGCUCUGACUGUGGGUCAUCAGAAGCAAGUUGGUCCAGAUUUGUUCCGAGUGUUUUACACCAUUUGGAAAGAGACGGAGGCCGAGGCUCAGGAGGUGUGUCUGCCGGCGUCUGUGCUGGAGCACAUCGAGGCCACCGAGUGCGUCUUCAAGCUGUCCUCCUCGGUGAAGACGAGCCGCGGCGUGGGGAAGAUCGCCAUGACUCAGCGACGCCUCUUCCUGCUGACCGAGGGCCAGCCGGGCUACGUGGAGGUGGCCCAGUACAGAGAUUUAGAGGAGGUGAAGGUGUCCUCGGCUCCCUUUCUGCUCCUGCGUAUCCCGAGCCUGAAGCUGCGCGUUCGGGGAAGGAAAGAUGCGUUCGAGGCCAAUCUGAAAACGGAGACCGAGCUCUGGAACCUGAUGGUCAAAGAGAUGUGGGCCGGCCGCAGCAUCGCAGACCAACACAAGGACCCUCAGUACAUGCAGCAGGCUCUGACCAACGCCCUGCUGAUGGACGCGGUGGUCGGCAGCCUUCAGAGCAGUAAGGCCAUCUACGCUGCUUCCAAGCUGGCUCACUUUGACCGCAUGAAGAUGGAAGUCCCGAUGAUGGUGCCCAAGACAACCGCCGAGACGCUGAAGCACAAAAUUAACCCUUCGCUGGAACUUGCCGCACCUCAGGCUGUGGACGUUCUCCUGUACACACCAGGUCAGCUGUGGGUGUCUGUGAGCGGCGGGAAGGUGAUGGUCUUUGAUGCCUCCAGCUGGUCGCUCAUACACACCUGCCACGUUGGGAACUCCAGACUGAACUGCAUGCUGGGAGUGGACCAGGACCAGGUGUGGAUGGGCUCCGAGGACUCUGUGAUCUACAUCAUCAGCAUAGUGGCCAUGGUGUGCAACAGACAGCUGACCGAGCACCGGGCGGAGGUCACCGGGCUGGCGCUCGAGACGGAGAAAUACAGCCAAAAGGUGGCGUACUCCUGCAGUGCAGAGGGAAGCGUCAUGGUGUGGGACGUCUCAACUCUACAGGUAAAGAGACAUUUCCGCCUCUCCUGCGAUCGUCUGCAGUCGGUUUACUGCUCCAGCGGGUCGCUCUGGUGUUGCUCCCGGGACAGUGUGAUGGAGGUGUGGAGGACCGGUUCGUUAAAGCAUCGCGUGAAUUUGCCAGAGCAGCACAAAGGCUCCACAGCGACUUUCGGCUCCAUACUGCUCCUGCCUGAGAGGGAGGAGCUGUGGAGUGUGUGCUCGGAUUCUGGAGAAGUGUGCGUCUGGCACAUUAAAGACACGUCCAGGCCGAUCCAGCGCGUGGCGCUGCAGGACUGCACCGGAUCUACCUGCAUGAUUAAAGUCAAAAACCAGGUGUGGGUGGGCGGCGUGGGCCGCAGCUCCACCAAAGGGAAGAUCUACAUCCUGGACACGGAGCGCCACCAGGUCCUGAAGGAGCUGCACGGCCACAGCGACAAGGUGACGGCGCUCUGCUCGGCCGAAGACCGCUACGUCCUCAGCGGGGCCGGGAAGCACGAUGGGAAGAUCGCCAUCUGGAAGGUGGAGUAGGAGGAAAGCGGAGGCGGCUGGGAAUACCAAAUCGUGGAGCUGGAGGCCGAGUUCUUCAUUUAUGUUAGAAAACUCUGAGGUUUCUCGUAGGAAAAUAAAGAAAAUGGAGCAAAGAUCAAGUUUACAUGAAGCUUCACAGACUUUUCAGCUGUGAAGAUGAAAAGUGAGACUGAGAAAUCCAAAAAUGUGCCUGAAUUCACUUGGAUGCUUUGUGUUACUUUACCCGACUGAAGACGCUUCAUUUUACAUGUAACAUGCAAACUCCAGGCUUCCAAUCCCAGACUCAAACCGGGCAUCGUCUGGCGGUGAGGUGCGUGUUCUAACCACUGCGCCGUCGUGCAGCCCCGCGUUGUGUAACCACACUACUGCAAUGUGGUAACGUCGUGUCCAGCUGUGUGUUUUGGGGGAACGUUUGCAGCUCAGAGGAGUCGAGCUACACUAAAAACAAGAGUUCGCCGUCGCUGUGGGAAAAAAACACUGCAGACGUUUAUUUUGAUGGAAGUUUUACUUGUAAUGAAGAAGAUGUGAGGAUACAGGUUGAUGGGAACUCGGCGUGGACUUGUUACAUGUGUUUCCCAGAACAUCUUGGGAAGAACCUUUUUUUUUUGUUUGUUUUUUGUCAUGUAGCAACUGGAAGAUAUCAACAGAAUAAGAACUAACUUUACAGGCCUUUUUUUAAUCUUUAUUUAUAUUCCUACAUGUACAUUUAUCACCUUAAAAUGUCUGUGCACAAAAACCCCAGCUGACGGAAAGCAAUCGAAUAUUUAUUCUCUGUAAAGAUGGAGUUGUUUAAAUAUCUAUGUACGCAGAAGUCUCUGAAAAUAACUACAUGCGACCGUUGUCGGUGGUUUCCAUUUGAUGAAUUUUUUUUUCUUCUUACUUUUUCAAAUCUUUCUUAUAUUUCGUCUUAAAUACCAUCCAUGGAUAUUAGUGUCACAUGAUUUUCAGUCUAACGUUCACUUUAUUUUGUUUUACUUUUCCCUGUGAACAUACCAUGUAUUUUUUUAAGCAACUUUUUUUUUAGCUGUAUGUCUUUUCUAAACUAGUAUUCUUAACCAAUUACCAAUGCACUUUUUCAAAUAAAUGUUUAUAUUUCUGCUUAGAUUUACCCAAGUUGUUUCAGGCAGUUGACUGAGAGGCCAAAGUAAAGAAAUACAACACAAAACAAUGUGUACCUUUUUU